AUGGUUAUUUUAGGUUGUAUAUUACCUUUUAUAGUGAAUUUAUGCCCUGCAAGGGAUUCACCAGAAUUUCAAACAAUUAUUCGACCAAAUGGAACCAUUAUUGAACUCAGCAUUGAUAUAUGGGGUGUUGGUGAUUUGGUUAGUUCAUGUAAUGUCGUAGGCAUUCCUCAAGAACUUUUAAGUUUCAAUUUAGAUUUAUGUAAAAGUGAUCCAGAUAGUUGA